AGAAUAAAGAAUGGGAAAAAAGAGAGUAAAAAGUAAAUCCCUUCUUUUCAUCCCUGACUGAGUGUAAGCCUGUAGUACCAAAAAAGGCAAAAAUGUCGGGUUACCAAGUCACGAUGUGCUGAGAAAAGGGCAGAGUGGAUGAGGCUCGCUCUUCUUUUUCUCUUUUUCAUUUUACUUUUGCUUCAUGUCAAAUUCAAUAGAUCGGGACGAAUUGGUAUCAUCAUAUACUGACACAGGCAAAUGCCAACUAAGCGAACUUGUACAAUAUCAAUGCGAAGUAGGAUCAACACAUAUUGAAUGCAAUCCUUUUGUUCGACUUUUUCUUAGAUGUCCGAAUAAGCCCAUGAUAGAAGUGACUCCAGAAUACAACAAUAGUAAGAAAGAUGAAUCAAACACAAACAGUGUACUACCGGAUUUCGGUGCUGUUGUGGAGAAGAAAUCCCCGCCUGGAUUUGUUAUGAUGGACGACUAGUUUACCUCAUCCCCAAUAUUGCCAACUGUAGAAUGAAGAAGGCUGGUCCGGUCAAACGUGGAUAUCGAAUCCAUCAGCAUUAAUAGAUAUAAUAUAUCCCCAAAAUCUUUUAUCCUUAGUAUAGUGUAUUUGUUACUUUUUAUUUGUAAAAGUAUAUAAAUAAAAUAUAUCCUCUUUAUCCCUUUC